AUGGCCUCUUCCAAUCUCGACUUUGGUGCAUUUGCAUCAGCGUCCGCCUCGUCCUCGUCCGCCAUCGACCCUCUAACACGCUCAAGAACACUCUUCUUUCUCUCUGUACGCGACUCGCAAUCCCGCGCUCCAUCAUCCCGCCGCCGCCGCCCUGGGCCACUCCCACCCUCGUCUGCCAACGCCGACAACCCAAAAGGAAAAGCAAGGGAUCCAUUUGUCAUCUAUGACGAAGAGGAAGACGAAGAGGACGCGUCUGAACGUGGUCGACUUCUCCCCUCGAGUGGCGGUCAAAAGUCCAACGGUGGACACGUACGGAUCGACAUGGACAAGCUUCCUCCUGCAUGGGUGGAACUAGCAGACAACGUUGAGCGAAUCCUGGCUGCCGUGGUAAUCAAGAUCUCGGCCCUCGACAAAUUGCAUGCGAAGCAUGCUCUGCCAGGCUUUGCGGAUCGGACAGCAGAGGAGCGGGACAUUGAGCGAAUGACGACAGAGAUUACGAGGGACUUUCGACAAUGCCACUCGCUCAUCCAAAAAGUAAAGGCUGAGCCAACGCCGAUCGCGACUACAGCUUCACCCAACCAACAACAUACUUUCCCGCCUCGAGAACGACAGAUGAAACCUCCGAGUGCACACGAGGUGCUGGCCGCAAAAAAUGUGCAACGAGGCCUCGCGGCAAAGGUGCAGGAGACGAGCGCGCUCUUUCGAAAGAAACAAAAAGUAUAUAUGGAUAGACUCCAAGGUCAUGCGAUCAAAAACCAAGAUCUGUUAAUUGCCAGCGGCGCAAUCUCUCUCCACGGCUCUGAGGGGUUGUCAGCCGUGGAGGAGGACAUGGCAGCUGCCCAGCAACAACAGCAACAGCAAUUGGACGUCCAGACGCAGGCACGUACUCGGGAGUUGGCCGAAAUUGCAAAGAAUAUUGCCAGUUUGGCAGAUUUGUUCAAGGAUCUGUCCUCCUUGGUCAUUGAGCAAGGCACAAUUCUCGACAGCGUGGAGUACAACAUCGAACGGACCGCAGAUGCGAUGGAAGGGGCCGUCAAAGAGCUCAAGAUAGCCCAGGGCUAUCAGCGAAAUACAGGGAGGCGGCAGUGCAUCUUCUUCCUCCUCCUUCUCAUCUUCGCAGCCAUUGUGGUUUUGAUCUUCAAACCACGAAGGCACUAG